ACAGCUCAAUCGUUCUUUACUGGAUCUAUGGCACUAGCCAGCGGUUUAAAACUUUUGAAGCUAAUCGAAUAGCAAAGAUACAAGAUUUGAUACCACCUCAAAGAUGGAAGCACGUUGAUGGUUUACAAAAUCCAGCGGACGUCGGAUCUCGUGGUAUAUUAGCAAAGGAAAUUAAAGAACACCCCCUCUGGUGGACUGGUCCAGAUUGGCUUAAGCAAAAUCAGUCGAACUGGCCAUCGAAAUUUAUUGCAUCUCCUUCACUGGAAGCUCUCCAAUCGCUGGGUGCCACGAAAGACUGUUUACAACUAAAAGAGAAAGAAGAAGUUACUCUGCAAACAACGACAGAUACAGCCUCGACGGAGCCUGUGAUUGACAUUACUCGAUAUUUCAGUUACAUUCAACUCGUGAGAGUUACUGCCUGGGUAUUUCGUGUGGUCACCCGUUCAAACCUAUUCAGUUCUACACCACUAGCAGUGUCUGAACUAUCCAAAGCUAAAACUUAG